CAAGGCUUCAAUAAAAGCCACUUGUCUAGACCUAUAAGGGGUCCAAACUUUCCAGUAGCAUCAAAGGUGGCUGCUGCACAGAUUUUCAUUCAAAAUUUGCUAACAAUCUAAUAUUUAGAUUCAUUUUUUUCUUUUUCUUUUGAAUUUUGCCUUAAUCUGAAUUAUAUAAAACAUGACAGGUCUGCUGUGCAUCACCUUCUUCUACUUAACCCUUAACCCUGUGUACAGUCAGCUGAUGGCCACUAAUGCACCAUAUUCAGUUAAGGUGAUCGCUGACCUUGGGGCCAACGUAACAUUGCCGUGCCGUCUUCCGUACAAGGGCCACAGUUUCUUUGGCAUCGGCAUUCGAGUCAAAUGGACCAAGGUCGCCCUUGACGAGGCUCUAAAUGAAGAUGUGCUGCUUUCCAUGGGUUUCCACAAAAAGACCUACGGCAGCUUUGAGGACCGCGUCUAUCUGCAGGAACUGGAUAGUGAGGAUGCUUCCUUGGUGAUAACUGACGUCUCAACAGAUGACACUGGAAAGUAUCGCUGUGAGAUCAUCAACGGGAUGGUGGACACCAUGCAAGAGAUUGAGCUGGAAGUACAAAGUGGCCUCACAGAUGGUGUGGUGUUCCCCUACUUUCCACCUCUCGGACGCUACAGCAUUAACUUCAAUGAAGCCGUGCAAACAUGUUUGGAUCAGGACGCAGUGGUUGCUACUUUUGAUCAGCUGUUUGAAGCUUGGAAAGGUGGCCUUGACUGGUGUAAUGCUGGCUGGCUGGAUGACGGUACCGUGCAGUAUCCCAUCACAAAGCCAAGAGAGCCCUGUGGCGGCACCAACAACAGUCCUGGCAUCAGAAACUACGGCAGGCGUGACAAGUACCUGAGCCGCUUUGAUGUGUUCUGCUACAGUCCUGCCUUGAAGGGACGUUUCUACUGGCUGACCCAGCCUGACAGGCUCACCUUCGAUGAGGCAGUGCAGGCUUGCAUCAACGACGGUGCAGAGAUCGCCAAGGUGGGCCACAUGUUUGCUGCAUGGAAACUCGAAGGCUAUGAUCGUUGCGACGCUGGCUGGUUGGCGGACGGUAGUGUCCGCUACCCGAUCUCCAGGCCCCGCAGGAAUUGCAGCCCCACGGAGGCUGCAGUGCGUUUUGUUGGAUUCCCAGACAAGCAGCAAAAGCUCUAUGGUGUCUACUGCUACAAGGCUGAGCCCUGAGUGGGUGCACUUGAAGCCUUGACCACCAAAGAGCUGCUAGCGCAUCCCAAAAUAGUAAGUUAGCUUAUCUUUGGAUCUUGAUUAGAAUGAACAUCAUUACAUUACAUUACAUAACCACAAACUGUGGUUACUUAUAAGAAACAUUUACUGGACAUUUCAUGUUUGAUAAAAAAAUAUAUGCAUGUCAAACAUCAAUGUUGAAAUAUGAUGUAUUUGUCAGAGACCAUUACGUCAUGAUUUUGGUUUUUGAAAUGUCUGGAAAACAAUACAACACAUUUGGCAAAUGUCACAACUAUUGAGCAACAGUUAAAAUGUUACAACAAGAUUUACAUCUUCAACAAUGAAUGUCUUUUUACUACUUGGUUGAGUAUUUUUUUAAUGACUGUGAAAGUGAAAAUGAAUUAAUCAACACAGACUGUGACAUCAUUUGCAUAGAAGGCACCAAACAAACUAACACGUUUGCUAUUAUAAUCAUGUGCAGUGUCUUUUUAUAUUUUUAUUUUUGUUAGAGUUGGACAGAGUACAGAUGAAGUAAAAGUACUGUUGCCCUGAUUCAAAAGUCGGAUCUCAGUAACCAAUUAAGAUGUACAGUAACAGAAACGUAUCAGAAAAGUAUCAGAACAGAAAAUGUUACCUGUCAUUGCAAAAAAGAACAAGGGGAUAUAAAUCAUGUACAUUGUUGUUUUUUUUUUUCAAUGGAGGAGCAUCGGUACAAACUACCUUUAAAAAUGAAAGAACAAUAAUAAAAUAAAAGAUGCUGGUAAUAGGCUACACUGAUUGUCACUGACUCACGUUAUGUCUCAUUUUAAAUUAAAAGUGUUGAGUACAGAAGAUCCCUGCCUAUUCAUAGUUUGGCAUUCUGUACACCC